AUGCACAAAUUUUACGUAAAUAAGUUUAAUUACGUCAAAACCCUGCAACUAUCUCGCUUGCGAAAAACAACGUAUGAAGAAGAGUUUUCUGAUGAAUCGGCAGACGAUGAUGAAAGAGAUCUUCUAAUGCCUGAUAAAUCGCCAGACGAAAAAGAAAAUAAUGCUCCAAUAUUAGACGUUGGCCUCGGUGGUCUAGAACUUACUGCUAAUAACAUCCAAAAUGUUGAUCGUCAGAUGUAUCGUUACAUCACUUUU